AUGUUUUCUAGUUCGAUUGACUGGACGGACGAUAAACUCAAAUGGAAUCCGGCUGACUACGGAAACCUGGACCUGAUCCGCACGAACCCGGACAGUGUUUGGCGGCCGGACUUGGUCCUGUACAACAACGCUCGCGGUUCGGACAACCUCCACUACGGCAAAACGAACGUCCUAAUCUAUCACAACGGAAAGGUGCUCUGGGUUCCACCGACCGACUAUCACGGGUUCUGCGAGCUGAACCUUCGCCUGUGGCCCUUCGAUUAUCAAACGUGCUUCCUGAAGAUUGGCUCUUGGACGUACGACGGUUUUAAGCUUAACCUUACUGCCAGCGAAAAUCCGGAGAUCGACAUCUCGGUGGCCAACAACGAGUGGAGCAUUCGGAAAGUUACCACCGAUCGCAACAUAGUCUAUUACAAGUGCUGUACGGAGCCCUACAUCGACAUUCAGUACAACGUCACCCUCCAACGGCACACAUCGACCCACAAGGCCAUCGUCAUUAGUCCGGCCUUCGUAAUUAUGCUCCUAUCGCUGUCGGUGUUCUGGUUACCUCCUCACUGUGGCGAAAAAAUCAUUCUCAAUGCCGUCAUCAUUCUGAUUGUAACGAUUUUCCUCAUUUAUUUUGCUCAGCAGUUACCAGCCAUGUCCGGAAACACUCCGUUGAUCGUGAACUUUUUCAGUACCACCUUGUAUUUGGUUGCCAUUAGCACCAUCAUUUCGGUGAUCGUCCUGAGAAUGGCUCGUACCAAGCACUUCCAACCAGUGCCAAGGGUUCUCAAAUCGCAAGUGGACGGCUGUUUGGGUUCGGUGUUAGGUGUUAGCAGCAGCAGUGGAACCAUUCCGUCGGACGAGGACAAAGAAGCUUCCGGUGGGGAGAACAUUGGCGAUCCAAAACAGUACGACUGGUUCCGUGCAGCCACCCUGAUUGAUCGUUUGAUUUUCGUUAUCUACUUGAUUAUCUUUAUCAUCUCUAUUAUCUACUACAGCCUGUAA